GGACGCGCCGCUUAGGCCGGAACUUGGAGGGCGGGGCUUGUGGCCGUGCGAGCCAAGGCGGGGCGGCUCCCUAAGCUACCUGGGUAAGGUCCAAAAUGGCUCCUCUGACUGUCACUACCGCGUGAGUCCCCCCUGGGACUCAGGUCUGUGUCUUGGCUUUGGAAUCCACGCCCGCUCUCCAUUUUCGCGGCUGCUUUGCUGCCCCUACUGAGGCGGACAGGCUAGAGUAAUGGCAGGGAGCGUCCCUUGGGCGGCAAGUAGGCGACUGUGGGGCUGGAUGCCCUCGGCAUGCCGAAGCUUCUCUCUGGGCGUCCCACGGUUGGCCCAUGUAAGGCUCACUCUUCCACCUCCCAAAGUGGUUGAUUGCUGGAACAAGAAGAGGGCUCUGUUUGGUGUCUACGACAACAUUGGAAUCCUGGGGAAUUUCGAGAAGCACCCAAAAGAACUGAUCAAGGGCCCAGUAUGGCUUCGAGGCUGGAGAGGAAAUGAAUUGCAGCGUUGUAUCCGAAAGAAGAAAUUUGUGGGAAACAGGAUGUUCAUCGAGGACCUGCACAACCUUAACAAACGGAUCAGCUAUCUCUACAAACACUUUAACCGACAUGGGAAGUACAGAUAGGACAGGAAAUGUGUCACCCUGGAGAAGGGGACCAGGACUUACCCAGCAAGGAAAGAGCUUGGUGUACUCUCUGUAAUAAAAAUGGGGCUUCUUUGGAAUCUGAUAUGCACAGAGCUACAUUACUCACUCAUGCACACUGAAGUCUAUCUCAUCCCUAAGUCACAUGAUCCUCUGUAACGAUUAUGUACGUACAGCCCAGUUAUGCUUGUGGCCUUUAUAACAGUUAGAAUCAUUUAUUGCUGGCACUUUCUGACACUGGCGCCUCAUAUAAGUUUUUAAAGAAUUUUUUUUUUUUUUGUACUCUUGGACCGGAAACCCAGGGGGCUUGCUUAUUUGAGGGAGACUCUGCCACACCAAAAUGAACUGGGAAAGUGAAAUUAUACUUUGUACUGCUCUUAUUAAGUUAGGGAACUUCUCUCAGUACAACAGCAUUUCCCAUCCUCUUAAUAGAGCAGUUUUGUGGAGGAUGACCUUGAGCCACGCCCAGUUUUAUGAAGUAUAAAAGAUCACACCCAGUAUUACCCAUGUGUGUGCUACCAUGCUUGCUUUUUUUUUUUUUUUUU